GGGAUAAAAGACGGGCAAGAGGAAGGAAGGUGAAAGAAGAAAAGACAAAAAAGAAAAGAACGGCUCGGGGAAAAGCACGAGGAGCUCGACAUUCGUGGAAAAAAGAGGGUCACGGAGAUGCAAGGAGAAAGUGAGAAAAAGCAUAGGAAGGAUGGAAGGAGGGAACACAGGUGCGGCUGCUACGUCCGCACUGCGACCUCUACAUAAGUGUAAUGUUGUCCACCGUGCAGCAAGGAGUUCUCUUUUCCGUCUUGUUCCAGACUGCCAGACUUUUUCGAGCAUCCAGUGACUCGGUUUUCGGUGUCGCGUUCGUUCCAACAGAUUGUUUCUCCACGUUACUGCAUUAGCGCGACCUCUCGUUGCCUGAAUAUAAAUAGUUUAAAUCAUUAAUAUCGAUACAAUUUAUAUCGUUUCAUUGACGAGUUUGUUAAUUAAUGUUAAUUAACAACAUAGAAGUUUGCCAGAAGCAAUAAUUUAAGUUUGAACAAAAAAUACCAAGACAAAAUGAAAGCGAAGAGAUUCGUUCAGUGAUUCCUAAAACGAAUUCACCGGUGAACUCGAUGAAUCACGAUCUCGUUCCUCCACCUUCUCUUCUUCUCCCACCUCCUGCUUUGAACGAUAUAUAAAAAAUAUUAAAACAUUAAACGAAAUAUUACAAUCAUAGUACUUGAAAGAAACAAAAGAUAUGUUCUCAGUUUAAUAAUUUUUUAUUACAUUUCGCCUAUUGCAUUGGCAAAUGAAUUUACGUAUGCAUAAUGAAUAAGUUUCACGCAGUGUUCCUUUUAAUAUGCACAACCACUGCUGAUUUAUCCAAUGAUUGCAACGAUCCUAAUUGGCACUCGUUGGAGACAUUAGAAAACGCUAGAGUGGAGUGUGGGCCGUCUUUUGAAAAUCGUUGCUACUGUUUGAGAACAUGUUACGAGAAUCGCCAUCAAUAUGUUGUCAAUUGUACUAAUUCAGGAUUUUCUGAUGUAACGCCGUUGUCCCAUUUACCAAAUGAAACACAAGUGCUUAUAUUCACUGGGAACUACCUUGAAGAACUUCCAUGGAACGUAUUCGGCACUCUGGACAGUCUGCCUUAUUUAAGAAUGAUCGAUAUGUCAAACAAUAGAAUAAGAGAAAUUCGCGGGAAGGCAUACCAUCAUGUUCAACGUGUCGAACGACUCAUUUUAGAUUUCAAUGAACUCUCGCUGGAUCCUGCGAGAAGUCAUCCCAGAGUAUUCUCUAAUUUUGUGUCCCUCUUAGAACUUCAUUUAACCGAUGCCUUCGAGGAUGGUCUACCGAGAGAUCUUGCAGCGACGUUACACGAUAUUUUUGUCAACAGUAAUUUAACACAACUGAUAAAGCUCCAUUUAGAGCAAAAUGAAAUAUCAGAAUUCAGGGAUAGUAAUGUAUUCUGUGAUCUCCCGAACCUUUUGGAUCUUUACCUCGGUGAUAACACACUGACUGCGUUGCAUUUCAACAUAUCUUGUCUCCAUAAAUUACGUUUCUUGGAUCUUCAGCGAAAUAAGUUCACAAAAGUCGUAGAACACGAUCUGCAAGCUAUGGAUGCCCUUAUCAAGCACAACCAAAGCAUAGCUAUAGAUCUUACUGGAAAUCCUCUCGAGUGUUCCUGCAAAUUGAAUCCAUUUAUGAAGUGGAUGAAAAAGACGAAAGUGUUCGUUCGUAAUAAAGACAAUUUGAUGUGUUACAAAGAUGGAAUACCACACGAAAUAUACGAAACGAAGAAUUGCACCCCGAGAUUGUUUUCAUCAACUCCACGCGGUGCAACUGUUCUGCUCUUUUUCCUUUCUAUAGUAUUAAUAGGAUUGGUGUGCGCUUUAAUUUACGUGCAACGCACAAAACUACAAAAAAAAAUCGAGCCUAUAUUAGACUCGAUGAACAAGAGGGUGAGAUACACUUCGAUAGCAGCUGAUACUCGCGAAGAUUUGUGAAUAAGUUCUUCCAUUAGAAAUUAACGGAGAAAAAAAUUUAACUAAAUUUAUCCUUUUAAAAUGUGUCAAUCAUUUUUGAACUACUGAGAAGUUUCAUUCUUUUUUACUGUAUAAUACGCAAGUAUUUAAUUUCUUUUGUAUCAUAAGUAAUCCAAAACUGAGAAUAUAAUGAGGCAUUAGUAUUUAUAAUAUGAUAUAUGAUAAUUAAUUUAGAACUAAAAAAAAAAGAUAGAAACAAAAUCAUAGAAUAUGUUAUUUUAUAAGCUAUUGUUGCGACAUUAACACUUGUUGACUUCAUAAUUAUAAGCAAAGAACAUGCAAUUUUGAUAAUGUUAUUGUCUCGAAUAUGUUUAGCGUCGAAUAAAUGUUAUAUAUUUAUAUUUAUA